AUGAAGAGCAGAAGAUCACGUUCAAGGCAGUCAGGAAGAUGUAGAGCCUCUGAUAACCAAGUUGCCGAGCUUGUUUGCAAGCUCCAACAUCUUAUUCCUCAACUUCCCCUAAGAAGCUUUGACAAGGUACCAGCAUCUAAAAUUUUAGAAGAGACUUGCAACUACAUCGAGAGCUUGCACCGCGACGUUGAUAACCUCAGCGAUCAGUUGUCAGAAAUCUUGGCUUCGACGGACGACAACACUGGAAAGGCAGCCAUCACUAGGAGUAUUGCUUCACUGUUGAGUGAAUAA